GCGCUGCGCCCCCGCCCCAGCCAAGGCCCCGGCCGCUCCCGUGAGGCGCCGCGCGCGCGGGCCGUUAGACUGCGGUGACUGACCGCCGGGGCGGGUGCCAUGUCUGUCCGCCGCGCCACCACCGGAGCGGGCGCCGUGCCCGCCCGCCGCUCAUCCGCCCGCCGCGCCACCACCGGAGCGGGCGCCGUGCCCGCCCGCCGCUCAUCCGCCCGCCCCGCCACCACCGGGGCGGGCGCUGUGCCCGCCCGCCGCUCAUCCGCCCGCCGCGCCACCACCGGAGCGGCCGCCGUGCCCGCUCGCCGCUCGACCACCGGAGCGGCUGCUAUGCCCGCCCGCCGCUCGACCACCGGAGCGGUCUCCUUGUCCGACCGCCGCUUGCGCGUCCGCCGCUCGACCACUGGAGCGGCCGCCGAGGCCAAAUCUGAUCCAGAAAACAGGAAUUUGGGCAGAACCUCAGUGAGGCUGAGGCGACUGGUAUUCCCUGAUCUUAUCGAUGACACACCACGGACUUUGAUCAAGAAAAUCAUCCGCAUCUUUCCACCAGCUUCACCUGUGGUACCUGAGAUAUCAAAACAUGAAGAACCAGAAACAGCAGCAGGAGAAGCUCAAGCAGAACUCCCAACUGGGAGGCUUUCCAAGAUGGAGGAAGUGCAGCUGUCAGAUUUUAUUCCUGAGGAGAGAGCUGUCUUCACAUUCCGUAUGAGUAAGGAGAGAGAGAAACUCAGCAUUUCUGAAUUUGAGAGAGCAGUAAGCAAACAACUUCUCCAGAACCAAGCUCUGUCAACACUGGACAGCACUAUGGCUGGCAUGUCUCCUGGAUCCUUGGUCCAGCCAGACACUGUUGAAAGGAGAGGCCUGCUCCGGAGGCCAAAGAAUCACAAACAUGUUGACAUAAAAGCUUUUGAAGACGAAGUGGAACAGUACAUGCUGAGGAGAAAAGCACAGAGCUAUCUUGUGGACUCAGAAAUGUCAUCGGGGAUUCAAACAACCAUGCUGACAAGCGUGGGUACAGACAAGAGAAAGACCCAAGUAUAUUCUCAGGACUUAAUCCUUGAUUGUGAGCAUGUUGACAGUAUGACUUCUGUAUCUUCAAAACCGCCUGUGUCUGCAAACCCACCAGAAGAUAAGCAGGAUCAUUCCCAGCGGACCAACCCAGUGGAGCAGCUCUCUGUUUCAGAAGAAGUGGCAGUUGGCAAAGGAACUCCUGCAGAAGAAGAGGGAAUUGCAGAAGGCGGCGUUGAAUACCAAGGCUCUCCCAAAGCUGAACGUGAGAUUGCCCAAGGUAUUGGAGGUGGAAGUCUGAGUAAACAUUCUAAUCCUACCUUCUCUGAAAACUCUGGGAUGGAGCCGUUGAAGGAAGCUGUUGAACAAGCAGAUGAACUAGAGGACCAGCCUAUUUUGGUAGAAUUGUAUAAUCUGGAAGAAAAGCCUUCUGAGAUUGAAGCUGAAGACGCUGAGAAUGAAGAGGAUUUCAUGAAGACACUCACAUUUGUCUAUGCUGCAGCCUACGAGCCACCACUGUUAACUCCAUCACCUGCAAAACCUGCUGCUCCUGAUUUGCCUCAAAGGCCUCCCCUGCAGCCGCAGCGGGCAAAGGCAGUUCCAAAGUGCUCACAGAGAAAACCAUCUGAGCCUAAAAUACCAAGUAGUUUGAUAAAGAGCGUGUUUAAGCACUAUGCGAAAAUGCCAGUGGCCAGCAAAUCGUUCAAAAUUGUUGAAAAAUGUACCGAGAAAUACUUCAAGCAGCUCUGCAAUGAUCUGGCAGCUUUCGCCAGCCAUGCUGGGAGGAAGACAGUAGAGGUGUCUGAUGUGGAAGUCCUCAUGAGAAGACAAAGGCUGGUGACAGACGAGAUGCCACUGCAUGUGCUGAUUGAGCAUCACCUCCCUCUGGAGUACAGGAAGCUCCUGAUUCCAGUUGUUGUGAGUGGAAAUAAAGUGAUCCCUGAAAUUAAAUGCAGCAGCAGCCGCAGGGAGUGGAAAGAUGCCUGAUGGCUGUAGGUUGUUUCCUUUCACUGCUCUGUGCAAUGGUUUUGCGCCAGUAACCAGCAGGGCAGUGAGUGGUCGACGUUCUCUGGAGAUGAUGAUGUGCUGUGGCUGUCACCAACUGUUACCACAAGUAAUUUGACUAUCUUGAAUUUUUUGUAACCUUUGAAUAUUUGUGCAUCACUGAUAAAUAAAGUAUGUAUUCUGCACGAUGCAAAUGCUGCUUACGGAAGUGAGCUGAAAGGCUGCUGCAUUUAAACUAACAGAGGGGAGAUUGAGAUGAGAUCUUGGGAAGUUCUUCCCUGUGAGGGUGCUGAGGCCCUGGCACAGGUUGCCCAGAGAAGCUGUGGCUGCCCCAUCCCUGGCAGUGUUCAAGGCCACGUUGGACGGGGUUGGAGCAACCUGGUCUAGUGGAAGGUGUCCCUGCCCAUGGCAAGGGGUUGGAACUGGAUGAGCUUUAAAGGUCCCUUCCAGCCCAAACCAGCCUGGGAUUUUAUGUGUUGGGAUGUGGGAAGAGAAGCCAAGGAGAAAAAGGCUUUGGAAUCAAGGCAUGUGCAUAAAAAAAAUUUCAGUAGAUGUUUCUCCCUGUCCAGCAUGUUUGAGCUCCCCUGUCCCAGGCUUCUUGUGCACUGUUGAACUUUGCUUUACCUUGGAUUGAACCUCCCUGGGAAUAAAAGCCUGCCUACACUCUGUACAACAUCUAUAAGACCUUGAUGGGUUUUAGUUUAGAUGUGAAGAGAGAGUGAAAUAACCAUAUCACAAUGUCCACCUGCUAAAACAGGGGUAAAUAAGCUGCCCUUUGCUGAUCCAAGGCUGAUGAAGGAAAGUGGCUGGGGACCACUGCAGGUCAUAUCUUGCCCUGCUGACCUGACCUCGGAGCCCUUAUUUCUCUCUGUCCAUUCACAACUUGCUCAUCUCUAUCCCAGCAUAGGGAACAUGAGGAAAAAAUGAAUUGGCCCUUAGGACUCAGCAUAUAACUCCAAGGUCAAAGUAUGGUUGGAGGAGGAUGAGCCCAGGUUUUGCUCAUGCUGAAGGCUCCAGGGUGUGAUGUGCUGCAUAUUGGGGUGACUAUUGCACGUAUUCCUGCUUUGUUGCUCUGUCCCUGGAAGAGACUGUGCUGAGAAUGGGAACUGUGUACCUUCAGCUGUGUACCUUCCCUGUGGCACAGGGUGGGCCUUGCCUGUUGCCCAGGACCACAAUAUGUGUGCUCCCAGGUGAAGGGCAUUAUUGACUGUGGCUCUUCUCAGUUCUAGUUAUUUAGGCAGAUGCCUUUUUGUUUAAGAGAAAGUGUGGGGAGAAUGAAGAGAGGAUGUGUUCCGUUUAGAUACUUUUUUCACACUGCAGUCCUAUGGCAUUUGCCCGAGGCUCAAAGUUUAAGGUGUCCUGGAUGGAUUCUUAAAUGAAAUACCAGUGAUGCUCACUAUGAAGCAGGAAUUAAUCUCCAGGUAUCUGAUUUGGAAGAGCUCUGGGUUGCCAUCUUAUGCAGCUUCAUUUUUCCAUUAUGGUCUCAUCAGCCAACCAACCAGUUCCAUUUUCCUCAUUGCAGGAGCAUCUCUGAUCCUAAAAUGAACAUGAGGGAUUGUAGCAAAACUCAGCAAGCCCUGAUCUGCCGGAGCUGCAGCAGCCUGGCGCUGGGUGGCUGUGCCCAUCGUACGGGGCCUGUAUCCUGUCAGCAUGGGCUCGUGGGGCCAUCCCACCUCUCCCUGAUGUCUCCCAGGCUUAUCCCGUGUUUGGUCCUGGCUGUGGAGAUGGGAAGCAGCAGCUUCACCCUCAGGCAUUGGGUGUUCCUGGAGCUCUUCCUGCAUCGCCGCUGCAUGGGCAGAGCUGGGGCUUCCCAGGCAAAGGUCUGCAGGAGUCUGCUGGCACAGCCGUGUCCCCUCUGGCGUUGCCCAUAGGUGUUCCCUGGGCUGUGUCUUGUUCUCACUGUGCUGGGUGCUUUGUGUUGCUCCAGUCCACUCUUUGCCUGAGAAGGACUGUGUCCUCCCUGGGCACUGCCUGAGAGCACAGCAGAGCCAAAGCAUCCCCUCGGGACAGCCCAGCACAGGGCUGAUCCAAGCUGGAGGGUGAGUUUCAGGUGGGCGUUGUGGCUGUGGUAAGCCUGGAGGGCAGCAGCUGGUGCCAUGGGGAUGGAGCUGCUCUACUGAGAGGUCAGUGGGAGAUGUGGGAGGGAUGUGGGGUGGGAACCACAUGCCUCAAACAUGGAGGGUCCUGUGGGGAUGGCUGUGCAUGGGCAGCAGAGGAAAUUACUCUUGGGACAGGGUGAGCGUUUGCUCAGAUACAAAGCCAACCCAGCCAGACCCUUCUUGUGUCUUGUGUGUUUACCUUUCCCUCAUAUUAUCUUUGUGUUACAAGAAUAGUUUCUUAAGGGUGGCUUGUGGCAAAUGUGCUGCACCGUCCUCAUAACUCCAGGGAUACUCCAGCUACUCCAGUAGCUGCCAGUGUGAGUGGUGAUACUUCUUAUCUUAUCCAGCAGCUCUGCUCUGGCUUACUCUGCCCCAGGAUUAGGGUUUUGUGGUUGGCUUAUACCAACCAAAGUUCGGUUUGGGGUCAGAUGGUUCAGCUGAUUGGGCUGGAAACCGAAUUUGGGAAGGGUGUAAGGAGGAGGAGGGCAAGGGCCAACUCUUUCUGCAGAUACAUAGGUUUAGAUGAGCUAAAACCCAUGCCAGCACGACGCCAGCAGCAUCUCUCCCAUGUCUCUGGCACUGAGUGAGGAGGAACUUGCUGCCUGUCAGUUCACGUGUCUCCUUGUGGAGCAGCUCCUCUGCUUGAAGACUCUCUAAUGCUGCACAUUGCUUUUCACUGCCUUUUACCUUGUUAGUUAAAUCCUGAGCCCUUUAAGCUUUUGAAGGAAGCCAGCGAAGUUAUUCCUGUUCAAACAAAGCUCCAUCAGUUGAAGAUAGGCAGCAAAAGGAUCACCCUGAUGGUCUGUGCUGCUGGAGCAGGACUGGAGGUGCAGCUGUUUGUGAGUGGGUUGGGCUGCAGCUCUUGGAGACCUCGGCUUUGGAGUGGGUAGAGCGAGGAGGGGCUGUGUGGUGCCUCCAGGGAGCACAGUGUUCUGUAGGAACACUGGAGAGGCUGGUCUUCAGCUCCAUCUCUGGGUGGCCUGAAGAGCUCCCACAGAGGCAGAAUGCAGGUGGCUAAGGAAGUGCAGAUCCUGGUGCUGGGUGUUCCAGAGCUCACCCUGUGUGGGUGAUGCCCAGCACCAUCUUUCUGUCCUGGCACCUCAGGUGUGGGAGCAGGAGCUGGACAUUUGCACUUUGGAACUUGAGCUCUGAGAGAGCUCCCAGAGAGGCAAUACACAUUACCUUUAGCCUCAGAAUAACGCUGGUAAUGCACUCAGGGUUUACUUAUUGCUCAGUAGCACUUACUCCGAUCAAGGACUUUUCAGUCGCUCAUGCUAUGCCAGUGAGGAGGGGCACAGGAAACCAGGAGGGACACCUGACCCAAACUACCCAAAGGGGUAUUCCAUACCACAGAGCAUCAUGCUCGGGAUAGAAACCAGGGGGGAAUUGGCCAGGAGGCACUGAUUGCUGCUGGGGAUCGGUCAGCGGGUGGUGAGCAACUGUGCUGUGCAUCACUUGGGUUUUCUGAAUUUUCAUUUCUGGUUUUUUUUGUUGUUGUCACCCAUUAGUAUCAUCAGCAUUGUUAUUGUUGAUCUUAUUUCUGUUAACAUUACAUUUUACUUUAAUUUCCAUUAUUAAACUGUUCUUAUCUCUG